UUCCAGUUUGUUGCUCGUGAGGCUUGAAGUUUGCCAGUACAGAUGGCUGCUCAUAAAAUUGCACAUGCAACUCUAAAAGGUCCUAGUGUUAUCAAGGAGAUAUGCAUUGGCCUUACGCUGGGUCUGUUUGCUGGUGGUCUGUGGAAGAUGCACCACUGGAAUGAGCAAAGGAAAACCAGAGCUUUUUAUGACAUGCUGGAGAAGGGUGAGAUCAGUGUUGUUGCUGCUGAAGAAUAGCCAUCUGUGCCACGCUUUUGGUAUGAAAGAAAGACCUGUAUUCUGAUCUUGAAAUCUCUGAGUGCAUUUUCAGUUGUAACGUGUAGUUUUUACUUUGCAUACAAAUAAGUUUUGGGUAAUGGUUGAGAUUUGCUACGCUUUUUAUGUUCAGCGGUUGCAUGAACUAGAUCCAUUCUUUUUCUAGAUUUAUCGUCGUCAUUCAGAUUGCUCUUUGUUUGAGCUAAAAAUUGGAUUUUAUUUUUCUUUGUAGCUAAUGUCAAUGUUUAUAUGACCAGCUGUGUUUGCCACUGUUA